AUGCACAUUUGCACGGAAACGUCCGAUCGUGACCUGCAUGAUUACGUACGGGAAUUUUUCUCCGUGGAAAGCCUUGGAGUUGCCGUAGCACCCAACUUGGAGGGCAACGAGGAUCAACGAGCACGCCAAAUCCUACAAAAAACAACAGUUAGAACGGGUAGCGGAAAGUUCGAGACCGGAUUACUUUGGAAGCAAGAUGUCGUCAAGUUCCCGGAUAGUAGACCAAUGGCUGAGCGUCGGUUGAAAUGCUUGGAGAGACGUCUGGAGAAAAAUCCGCAGUUGUACGACAGUGUGAGGCAGCAAGUGGCAGACUACGAGUCCAAGGGCUAUAUUCACCGAGUUACUGAUGAAGAAAUGGCAAGUUUCGACCCCAGACGUGUUUGGUAUCUUCCAUUAGGCGUCGUGUUGAACCCGAACAAACCCGGGAAGGUACGCAUCAUUUGGGACGCGGCGGCAAAAGUUGACGGAUCAUCGCUGAAUUCGAUGCUGCUGAAAGGACCUGAUCUUUUAACUCCGCAGCUGUCUGUUACGUUCAAGUUCCGUGAGCGAGAAGUUGCCUUUUCCGGCGACAUACAAGAAAUGUUUCUGCAAGUUGGAAUCCGAAAGGAGGACAGGAGCGCGCUAUUGUUUGUUUACCGCAAUCACUCGAACGAACCUAUGGUGACGAUGGCGUCCGAUGUUGCUAUCUUCGGAGCGACGUGUUCCCCGGCCCAAUCACAGUACGUGAAGAAUCUCAACGCAACGGAGCAUGAGGCUCAGUACCCAAGAGCAGCUUCGGCGAUCAAAAACAAGCACUACGUCGACGACUAUCUUGAUAGCGUCGACACUGAAGAAGAAGCCGUCGAGCUAGCGUUAGAAGUUGCUGAAGUCCACAGCAAAGCGGGCUUCCGCAUACGCAAUUGGGUAUCUAAUCGGACAUCGGUUCUGGAAGCAAUCGGAGAAGCUAAUCCAGCCGCAGUGAAAAGUCUUUCGAUGAACAGUCAGAGCGCUUUCGAGCGUGUGCUUGGAAUAUCGUGGAUUCCAGGUGACGAUGUGUUCUGCUUCACGAUUAAUCUUCAAGGAGACCCGGAAAGUGAGGUUGCGCCGACUAAACGUACGAUGCUGAGCUUUGUUAUGAAGAUUUACGACCCCUUGGGGCUAGUGGGCUCACUAGUGAUCCAAGGAAAAAUACUUCUGCAAGACGUGUGGAGAGCUAAAAUGGAUUGGGAUGAGCAGAUUUCCGAAGAUCUGUUCUCGCGCUGGAAGCUUUGGCUGCAGAUGCUGAAGGAGUUGAACAACGUUCGCAUCCCUCGAAGUUACUUUCGGGGUUACGAUCCUACCUGUUUCGAUACCCUGGAGCUUCACGUAUUCGUGGAUGGGAGUGCACAAGCAUACUCGUCCGCAGCUUACUUCCGUGUUCGAGAUCGAGGGCAGAUACGAUGUGCGUUAGUUGCCUUUAAAACGAAGGUAGCUCCACUCCAACUAGUUUCCGUCCCACGACUAGAAUUGCAGGCAGCCGUAAUUGGAGCACGUCUGCGCAAGACCAUCGAGGAUGGCCAUUCCAUAAAGGUAACACGCACCUACUUUUGGAGUGAUUCCAGCACUGUCGUCUCAUGGAUCAAGUCUGACACCCGUCGAUACCGGCAGUACGUUGCGUUUCGGGUGAAUGAGAUUUUGAGCUUAUCGAAAACUGAAGAGUGGCGAUGGUUGGGAACGAAGAUCAAUGUUGCAGAUGAAGCCACCAAGUGGGGAAAAGGACCGAAUUGUAACUCCGACAGCCGAUGGAUGCGAGGGCCCGCCUUUCUGUACGAAGAGAAGAAUCAUUGGCCAAAGGACAAGUUCGUGAUGAUUGAAGAAACGUCAGAGGAAUUGAGACCAGCUUACGUGUGCAGUCAUUUUUUGUCAGUUCCCAUGAUUGAUAUUUCGCGAUUCUCAAAAUACGAAAGGCUGUUACGGAGCAUGGCGUAUGUCUACGGGUUUUGUAAUAGGCUUCUACAACGAAUUGGAAGAAGGCCUUCCGAAGGUGCAUGGAGUGUCAGCGGUGAAGAUUUGCGGAGUGCGGAAAGGUGUCUCUGGCGGCUCGCUCAAUCAGAUGGUUACCCGGAUGAGGUCGCUAUAUUGACACACAACAAGCAGUCAACACCUGAAAACCAACAAUCGUUAGGUCGAAGCAGUUCGUUGGCAAAUCUUCCUCCUGUGUUGGAUGAGCAUGGAUUGAUCCGUGUUGAUGGUAGAAUCGCAGCCGCAGAUUACGUACACUACGACACCAAGUACCCAGUAAUUCUACCUAAAGGACACCCGAUUACGGAUUUGCUACUGGACUGGUAUCACCGAAAGUUUCGUCACGCCAACAAUGAAACGGUCGUGAACGAAGUGCGUCAGAAGUUUUUCGUCCCGAAGCUAAGAUCGUGCGUCAGAUCAGUUGCGAAACGUUGCCAGUGGUGCCGCGUUUACAAAGCCGUCCCUGCUGUCCCGAAGAUGAGUCAACUGCCUCGGCCCCGCGUUACACCAUUUGUUAGACCCUUCACAUUUGUGGGCAUAGACUACUUCGGGCCCUACCUAGUGAAGAUCGGUCGUAGUGCAGUCAAACGGUGGGUAGCGAUAUUCACUUGCCUAACCGUACGGGCUAUACACAUGGAGGUAGUGCAUUCACUUUCUACCGAUUCUUGUAAGAAAGCAGUUAGGCGGUUCAUCGCUCGCAGAGGAGCACCACAAGAAGUCUAUACGGAUAACGGGACGAAUUUCAUCGGCGCGAGUAGAGAGUUGGAAGAUGAGUUGCGGAACAUCAACGUUAGCUUGAGCAGCACAUUCACGGACACCAAUACCCAGUGGCGAUUCAACCCUCCCUCAGCUCCACACAUGGGCGGAUGCUGGGAGCGCAUGGUCCGAUCCGUGAAGACCGCACUGGGAACCCUACCGGAAUCAAGGAAAUUGGACGACGAGUCUUUCAUGACACUGUUGGCAGAAGCGGAGCAUAUGGUCAACUCGCGCCCUUUAACCUUUUUGCCUGUUGACAGCGAUGAGCAGGAGUCGUUGACUCCUAAUCAUUUUAUGAUGCUUAGCUCUACUGGAGUGCGGCAACCGAUCAAAGCACCAGCGUGUGAACGAAAAGCAUUGAAGAACAGUUGGGACCUCAUUCAACAGAAGUUGGACGCUUUCUGGAGUCGCUGGAUCUCCGAGUAUUUGCCAGUAAUAUCUCGCCGAUCUAAAUGGUUCAAUCACGUGACGCCUAUCAAGGAAGGAGCGUUGGUUGUUAUAGUCGACGGGAAGAUGCGGAACCAAUGGAUACGUGGACGGGUGAGCCGAACCUAUCCCGGCAAGGAUGGAGCAGUACGUCUGGUGGACGUGAAUACCUCUACAGGGGUGUUGAAGAGAAGAGCAGUUUGCAAGCUGGCCGUUUUGGAUGUCAAAGAUCCCAAGGAUGUGCAACAGGAUGGUCAUGGUGAUGAAGAUAGCGGGGGGCUUCGUGAACGCAGCGGAUAUGGUGUCGUCGAACCAGUGUCCGCACGACACGAGGGGGAGGAUGUUGCGACAACUUCGUCCAUCGGAGCGCCCCCCGGAAGCUUUGGCGUUUAG